AUGGCAAGGCAAUAUCAGGAAUUGCAAGGGCGAAGGGGAGAGAUUUUCCAACAAGAUACAGAGUUACCUAUAGGGCACCAAACUAUCGGGCCUUUUGCAUUGAUUGAAAGAUGUGCACCUUUGAUAUGGGAUGCCCACCACUCAGUCAACAUCCGAAAAUUGGCCAAAUCUGGAAUGGAACUCGGGGAGGAAUUGGAAAAGUGGAGGAAGGGAGGAUGGGUAGGAGAUUUUCUUGUGUAUGUGGAUGACAUUGUCAUUAUUUGUAAUGACUUAAAUGCUGUGAAUUCUUUGAGACUAUUUCUACAAUCCAAUUUCAAGCUCAAGGAUCUUGAACACCUAAAGUACUUUCUUGGUCUUGAAGUGGCUAGAUCCACUGCUGGCAUUUCCAUUUGCCAACGCAAAUGUACCUUGGAGAUUCUUGCUAAUUUGUUAGCGACCAAGCCUUCCACAUUUCUUAUGGAGCAGAAUUUAAAACUCUCCAAAUCAGAUGGAGAAUUAAUUGUAGAUCCCAAAUCUUGCAGAAGACUUAUAGGCAGACUGUUGUACUUGACUACUGACAAACCUGACAUAGCAUACACAGUUAACACUCUGAGUCAGUUUCCUACUCAGCCAUGUCAACCUCAUUUUACUGCAGUUCAGAGGAUCUUGAGGUAUCUUAAAUCCAGACCUGGACAAGGCCAUUUCUUUCCCAGUUCAUCCAAGCUGCAACUACGAGCUUUCUGUGAUUCAAAUUGGGCUGGUUGCCCAGAUACUCGUCGAUCAGUUUCUGGUUUUUCCAUUUUUCUUGGAGAUUCUUUAGUUUCUUGGAAAUCUAAGAAACAAGUUACUAUGUCUCAGUCAUCAGCAGAAGCAAAAUGCAUGUCAAUGGUAUCAACCUGUUUUGAACUAUUACGGCUCUCAAUUCUUUUCAAAGAUUUAUUAGUCGAGAUCCCAUCACCUUAUUUGCUCUUUUGUGACAACAAUGCUGCCCUUCACAUUGCCGUCAAUCCAGUAUUCCAUGAGCAUACGAAGCAUAUUGAUAUUGACUGUCACUUGAUUUGA